AUGGCAAAUAACCCAACCUUCAAGCCCUCCCCGUUGUCCUUUGGGGGGCCCCGCGCAUCACCGUUUCGGCGACCGUCAACACCAAACUCCCCACCCUCAGCUCGUACCGGUGGCGGCACACCCGGCAGCUCGCCAAGCAGAGGAUAUACGCCGCUUCAAUCGCCGAGCAAGUUGAAUCAAUCAUAUACAGUAGAAGAUGACGACGCAGUCUCUCCGAGGCAUCAUCCUAUUCCACAGCCUAAGUUCACCCGAGAACUCCCUCCUUCACCCACGAAAGGAGCACGGUCUCCAGGUCACUCCUCCCCCAUAGUCGGAACGCGGUCGCGCGAGCCAGUCGGUGCCGGUACAGAUGCAGCGGCAAAAUUGCCCGCCAACCAAGUGAGGGAGAUCAGAGAGGCAUUCCAAGUCCUUGAUCGAGACAACGACGGCCUGGUCAACAAAGAUGACGUCGCCGAUGUGCUUCUGAACUUAGGCCAAGAAGCGUCACCCUCGGCCCUUUCGCGCUUUUUCCCUCCAGGGGCUUCUCAAUCGAUCAACUUCCCGACCUUCUUGAACACGCUCUCUCAAUUGAUGUCACCCAUGUCUUCCUCUCAAGAGCUUCUGAACGCAUUAGCUGCCUUUGAUGACGACGAUAACGGUCAAAUCGAUGUUGCCGAACUACGAGACGCUCUCCUUCAUACUGUUCCCGAGGAUGGAAGUGCGCCCUUGACCGAGCAGCAGAUCGAUGAAGUGUUCAGCGGCUUUACUGGACGGCGCGCGUUUGGUGGCCGGGGUGCAAAGACCGGGGGAAUGGGGAAGAGGGCCGAGGUGUUCCAGUAUCAUGACUUCGUCCGCAGUGUGGUUGGGGGAGGGGAGAAUGGCAAUAACACGCAGCGCGGGGCUGGCACCGCGCAAGCAUGA